AGUAGUCUACAUAUCCGGUUUGUCACUUCCGGAGAUUUUUGACACGCAGAAAUUGUUUACAUUUUGACAUUUCUUGUGUUUCUACUUAUAAUUUGAAAUGGACUUACGAAUAUACAUGUGCUGAAGAUGUGGUCCAUAUUUUCUCGUGACCCAGCAAAAGAUUUUGCAUAUGUUAUCGGUGAGAAAGUCGCUGGCUUAGAGGAUAAGUCAGUUUGGUCUCUUCACCAAGGAAAGAAAAAGACAGGUGGUGACAAUGUGUCUGUGUUUGUAUUUGACGUCAAAUCAAGCAGUGAAUCACAGACAGCUCUAGCAAGAUCUUCAUUCAAAAGAAUUAAGACAUUGAGACACCCAAACAUUCUCACUUUCUUAGAUGGAAUUGAGACAGAUAAAGUGAUUUAUAUAGCAACUGAGCCUGUCACUCCACUGUCUACAUACAUAGAGAACAAUGAUGCUGAACAGAGGAAAAAUCAACUUUCUAUAUCAUGGGGGCUUCAUAAAGUUACUAAAGGAUUGUCUUUUUUGGUGAAUGACUGUAACUUGAUACACAACAAUGUGUGUAUGUCAUCAAUAUUUGUGGAUCAAGCUGGUGAAUGGAAGCUUGCAGGUGUUGACUAUAUGUAUCCAGCUACAGGUACCGAGAGUGUCCCACCUGUCAAAAUACUACCUUUCCUUGAGAGAUAUGACCCUCCGGAAAAGUCAGAUCUAAAGAGGGGAAUUAAAGGAGAAAAAUGGUCAUCAGAUAUGUGGGGUCUAGGUUGUUUGAUAUGGGAAGUCUUCAAUGGACCUUUACCAAGAACAUCUGCACUGAAAGCUUUUGGAAAGAUUCCCAAGAAUCUGGUGCCAAAUUACUGUGAACUAGUUAGUGCUAAUCCAUCUUCUCGCCCGAAUCCUGCCAAGUUUAUCUCUGAUUGUUGUAGAAAAGGAGGAUUCAUGAACAACCCAUUUGUGAAAACCAUGCUCUUUCUUGAAGAAAUCCAGAUAAAAGAACCAUCAGAAAAAUCAAGCUUUUUUGCAAAGCUUACAGAAGCUAUAGAUUCAUUCCCUACCCAGUUGAGUAGACACAAAGUUUUGCCUCAGUUAUUACAUGCCUAUGAAUUUGGUAACUGUGGAUCUAUGGUUCUAGCACCACUGUUUAAGGUAGGAAGAUUACUUGACCAUGAGGAGUACCAGGCUAAGAUUGUACCUUGUGUUGUAAAACUGUUUUCAUCUACUGAUAGAAAUACAAGGGUGAAACUCCUGCAGCAAAUUGAAAUGUUUGUGGAACAUUUACAUGCAGGGACUGUGAAUGAUAAGAUAUUUCCGAGUAUCGUAACAGGUUUUAUGGAUACAAACCCAGUAGUCAGGGAGAGUACAAUAAAGGCUAUGUUACACUUAGCACCAAAAUUAAACUACAAAAAUUUGAAUGAAGAAUUGAUGAAACAUUUUGCCAGAUUACAGGCCAAAGAUGAUCAGGGUGGUAUCAGAACAAAUACAACAGUAUGUCUUGGUAAAAUUGGUUCCUAUCUGAACCCUCAGUUAAGACAGCGUGUUUUAUGUUCAGCAUUUCUACGUGCUGUUAAAGAUCCGUUCCCGCCGGCUCGUCAAGCUGGUAUUAUAGGUAUGGGUGUGACCCAACAUUUAUUCACUAUGGCAGAUAUAGCACAGAAAAUGAUGCCCUCACUCUGUAUGAUGACCAUGGACCCAGAGAAACUUGUUAGAGAUCAGGCUUUCAAAACUAUAAAAAGUUUUCUAGAGAGAUUAGAGAAACUAUCAGAAAAUCCAGAUAUGUUACAAGAGCUAG